UCACCUAGAACUCGUAGAUUCCACGUGCUGUAUGGCGGCGCAGAUAUGUACAUCAUCACCACCAUGCCAACUGUGGCGAAAAACACGAAACGAGGCAAAGGCUUUGCUGUAUGGCUGGCGUAAACGAAGUCACGUGCUCUUAUGGAGAGCCAUGUGUGCAGGCCGCUACAAAUUCGACCGCGAGGCUGGCUGGCUGGCUGGCUGGCUGGCUACUUCGCUGCGCACGCGACACAACCUUCCUUUCCCCCAAUUCCAUCCAUCCUUCUACACAACCCCCCCUUUUUUUAUUCCUCUUUCCCUCUCUUCUUUGAUCAGGGAUACAUGUCCACCAACACAACAGUGCACAACAUCCAUUCCCGCAAACAACGCCGCUCCGGAUCCUUCUUCUAGAAACUCACCCCCCUUCCUUCCAUCCUUCCAUCCUUGCAUCCUUCCUUCUCCCCUGCAGCACAACUACCAACAAGAAAAAAGCUUAUUUCAAAGGAUUUCCAAAGGACAUCAUCCGUGCACUCUUCUUCUCUUUCGCGAAGUCCGUAGAAUUAUACUUUUUGUUUUGGCUAGCGCGGGUUUUCCUUUCUCUUAUCUCUGGGCAACCAACUUUUUUUAG